GUGCAGAUGAUGCGAAAUUUUUCGUCGGUUUUGCCGUCAAUUCUAGUUGGCUCGACGCCCGUGCAUGCGGACCAUAUUUUGGCGCUCGAAGAAGAUUACGCAGUGGAGCUCGUCAUCACACUGACGCAGGAGUGCCCGUUGCCGCGUGGCUGGUUCGUAGAGACCGAGGUGAUCCCACAUGUUGACGACGCCACAGAAGUAGACGAGGAAGCAAGUACAGCUAGAAGUACUGCUUUUUCCGGCGAAGCUGCCCUUGGGUUGACGCUCCAAGGCGUUGGCACAGCAGAAGCCAAAUUUGUUCCAGCCGCCAGA